GCCACUGCGGGUUGCACUGAUCCAGAAGCAAGAACCUGAGAGCAGAAACCAGUUUGUCCGCAGAAUAGGAGAAAGUUGUAGUAGUGGUAGUUGUUGGGGUAGUGUAUGUUCUGUGAUGGAGCGGUCAAAUAAUUUUAAUUCUAUGAGUCCUGCUGAGUUGAGGCUGUUGAUCAGGCAGGAAGAUCCCAGAAUAAGAACCACGACUGGAUUAGCUAAUGGUUACCAGCAGGCUAACGUUGUCGUCCUGCCCAAUCAUCUGGCCAAUGACUUUGAAGCCUUCUGUCGCAAAAAUCCCGCCCCCUUGCCACUCCUUUAUCGCAGCCAAUCAGGAGAGACUUCCUGUCAGCCUCUUGCCAAAAAUGCUGAUAUAAGGACUGACAUCUCACAGUACUGUGUGUAUGAAGAGGGUCGGCUGGUGAAAACAGUCUCCAGUCUGCAGAGUUACAGCACUCAGCCAAGGAUUGCAUCAGAGCUGCAGGCUGUGCAUCAUGGCCGCUGGUCAGACAUGGUGUGUUUCUAUCUGGGCUGCAGUUUUGGCUUUGAGGGUAGACUGAAGAACGCUGGAGUCCCUGUCAGGAACGUGGAGCAAGGCACAAAUGUCAGCAUGUACAGGACUGCAGUUCCCUGUACUCCUGCAGGAGUGUUCAGCUGCCCUCUAGUGGUCACUAUGCGUCCUGUUCCAGCUGCCAUGUUGGAUGCAGCUGUGGAGGUUACUCACCUCAACCCUCUUGCACAUGGAGCACCUGUACACAUAGGAGACCCAGCUCUCUUAGGCAUACAGGACCUGUCCAGACCAGACUAUGGGGACCGAGUGGAGGUGCAGCCCGGCGAUGUCACAGUGUUCUGGGCCUGUGGAGUGACUUCUAUAGAGGCAAUACUCAGCAGCAAGCCUUCUUUGGCAUUCAGUCACUCACCAGGUUGCAUGUUCCUGACUGACAUCCCAGACUCCUCCCCUUCUUCCUCCAUGCCUUCAGCAUCUGAAAGUGUAGACCGGCCCGCCACGGAUCGCAAUCUUGAACUGAUCCCCCGCUGCUUUCUGGUGUCCCAAAAUCCCUUGAUGUACAGUUUGGCAUCUCAGAGGGCCGUGGCAACCAUCAGGCAGCUGGAGACGAUUAUUGGAGAGGACCCGGGUGAACGAGGGAUUAGAGCUUUAUUUGUUCAGGAUGAACUUCUGCGCUCCUGUCUGGCACUCUCCCACGCAUCCUCUGUUGCCAUAACAACCGGCUUCCCCACACAUUACCAGCACAGCCCUCCUGAUGAGACUGAUGGCCCACCCGGAGCCAUUGCCAUGGCAACCAUGCUGCUGUCGUUAGGGAAACAGGUGACAAUGGUGACGGACAGGAGAGCCCUGGAUAUGAACCAAGCCAUCAUUGACGAAGCUGUGAGGAAAGGUGUGCUAAAAUCGGCAGUCCCAUUGGUCACAUUUGAAGACCGCGGCCCAGACUCUGCACUACACUUCUUGUGUCACCAUGGAGACCCCAGCAAGCCCAGGUACGACCACCUUGUGGCAAUAGAGCGCAGUGGACGGGCUGGAGAUGGAAACUACUACAACAUGAGAGGAGUGAACAUCAAACAUCUGGUGGAUCCUAUUGAUGACUUGUUUAUUGCUGCCAAGGAUAUACGAGGAAUUACUACUACAGGAAUCGGUGAUGGUGGUAAUGAGUUAGGAAUGGGUAAAGUGAAGGAAAGGGUGAAGACCCUGAUGCCCAAUGGGAGUCUCGUAGCAUGUGAUGUUCCUGCUGACUACGCCAUCACUGCUGGAGUGUCUAACUGGGGAGGAUAUGCUGUGGCCUGUGGGCUCUACCUGCUCCACACCUGCCCCUCCCACCAGCGCUACCUGAAGAAGGGACUGGGACUGGAACACGCAACCCGUCCUGAACAGCUACAGGAGUGGACUGCUAACCUGCCAUCUGUAGCCAAGGAGGAGUCCAUCCUUUCCACUCUGAUGAGUUGUGGGAUAAGAAGCGGGAAAACCGGUCACCUGGCCAUGGAGGUGGAUGGUUUGACCUUUCACCCCACGCACUCCGACAUCAUCACUAGACUACUGAAGGUCACACUGGGCGCCACCACUCCAAACCUGUGAUCAACUCAAGCCGUCUGUUCUCUGCAGUAUUUUUAAAAGAGGCACAGCUCAAGUGAAGCUAGGUGAAUUAUCUGUGAGACUGAGGCCAUAGAAAACCUGAGAAUGAAACACACUGAGGCAAUCAAUGUGCCAAUCGCUGAAAUUCUGUUUCCUCUCUAUUCAAAUUGCAGACAGGGAAAAAAGAGAAUGAAAGGAGAGCUGUGUGAGAUGCUGCCUUGGUUACCUUUCAGCCCUCUUCCUUGGCUACCAGUGACAAAGCAAAGUAGAGUCAAGUAAAAGCAGCUCUCUUUUCUCUCACCCUCUCUCCGUCCAUCUCACUAAUACUUACUAAAGUAAUAUACCUUAAAGAACAGAAGAUGAUUGUAUUGUUGCUGACAGUAAUUCAUGUUAAUGGUUAAUGGUUAAAGCACAGAUUUGUCCCUGAAAUGGGCUCCAUGACAUUUGAACAUCACCAGGUGCUGGUAGAAGUUGGUUGGUCAAUGCUAAUGUGGCACCAAGGCAGUCGCAGUGACGUUGCUAGGGAUUUAGUGUUGAACAGUUAUAUAUGCAGUUUCAUUCUUGCUCCUUGGAGCUCAUCUGGCCAUUGCAUUUGCUUGAGAUAGACGCCAACUAAGAUAUCAACACUAAUCCUUCCUACACCUUAUACCCUGUUGACCCCUGGCACCAACAUGCGACUAUUGGGGAAACUCCAACACUUGCCUGACCAAUGGUGUAAUGUCACCAGUAAGUCAGGGACAGACUGUGUUUAGUGGGCUGGCCCCAGUCUACUGAAGUCUUCCCAACAAGAACAAAAGACACACAUCCCUGUCUAUUAUUAAAGAUGUGCAGAACGAACAGAUCUAAGAUGUUAGCAUGCAUGAUAGCUAACCUCCGGCUGCUUUUCAAAGAGUUCCUCUGUACUUUCAAAACACAUCUUGAUAUUGAGGCAUAUUUUAGAUAGCUAAUGAUGUGGAAGUCCUGUGGGAUGCAGAGACAGAGGAACUGAGCACAUUCCACAGGCUGCUUAACAAGUUGGAUGCUAACUUAAAAUGCACAUUAUGUGGCCUUGAUCUCCAGAUGUAUAAAUCUGUCAAUGCAUGCAGAAGCAAAAGAGACAAACACUCUGGAUGACUCGAAUACUUUUUUGCCGUCUACUUGGGUUCACCACUUUAUAUUUUGAGUCGUUCCUUUUAAAUACCUUUUACUGCUUGUAAUGCAGUAAAUAGAUGUGUUUUAGUUUGGUCAUUUGAAUUUAUGAAGGAUUGUCCACAAUGCCUCAAACUGUUUAUGUAUUCACUGCUUAGCACAAACCUCAUCAAUAGGCUAUUGUUAAUGUUAAUUUAAAUUCAAGGGGUGUGAAAUAUUGCUAUUCAGGACUGUAUGAGAGGUUGACUCUCAGAGACUACGGUUAACACUGGCUGAGCAGUCAGGAACAAUUAGACACCAGAAGGAUCCAAUGUAUUCAACUGUAGUUUAUUGUAGACACAGUCGGGGGGGUUAGGGUUAGGGUUAGUCAAUGCUAGUUUUAUAUCUAAACAGGACAUGUGUGCCAGGUAUUCAUUAAACUAACGAACAAUUUAAUGUAUCAGGAGUAAUUAUCUGGCUUUUAUGUAACUAGCAAAAGCAUAAAGAUACUGCAAACAAGUGUAGAAAAAAACUCACAUUUCUGCUCAAACUAUUUCUGCCAGCAGAGAGCUCAGGGUUCAGCUGCAGGUACAGCAACAAGGCUCUCACCAGAACUCAAUCCAAUAUAUUAUAUUCUCUGAUCUAACCAGGCUUCUCCUACUUCCUGCAGCUGUUCAGUUAACUCCUCCUCCAAAUGUGCCGGAAAACUUGAUGGAUGUUAUGAUGGAUAUUAGCAAAAAAAAAAACUUUUUUUUUUCUUACUGAAAUGAUCAUAUUUGAUAAAUAUUUGAUGUUACUAAUAAAAAAUGAAUGUGAUACACCUUACAAAAUGAUAUACUUCUUACCAAAGCUCCACCCAGUCCAAGGGUCUGUUUAUGUAGUCAGACAUUCAGUCAUUGUUGAAUAUUGUUGUAAAAUAAAUAAUAUUAAAAAAUAAUUAUUUUGUACAGAUUAUACCAUAUUUUAGAUUGAGAAUAUAAUAAUGCCACUAAUCUGAAGCCUUUUUUGUGUUUUUUUCCGCACUUUUAUAGCAGUUGAGCUGGAUUCCGACUGGUGCCUUUAUUAGUGAAUGAUGGAAAUGUUUUCCUUGUUAAAUGAAAAAUGAAACUAUGUUUUCAUGAAACUUUGUUUAUCUGAUAUAAGCAGGUGAAUAAACUUUCUCAACAAGA